AUGCAAGUUGUUUGGAAUACGUUAAUUAUUUGUUUUCUAGGAUUUUUCAUCAUAAUUGGUAAAUUAAUUGCCAAUGCAAUAUACGAAUCCUUGUGGUAUGAUAUUCCGUCUCGUCAAAGUAAAAUGAUAAUAUUUAUAAUAAUGAGAUCUCAGAAGCGACUGGCGAUUACAGCAGGAAAAAUGAUGGAUAUGACAUUUGACACAUUUACAAAUGUCAUGAAGGCAUCAGUAUCAUAUAUAUCUGUCCUGAAUGUGAUGUAUUGA